UCCCUUUUGUGUAUUCCAACCUUUGUUUCGAUCUUGUUUAACCAUGUCUUUCGUUCUUCAGUCUUCUCCGUUCGAGCCUUUACUAUAUGAUUUUGAUUAACGACUUAAUUUUGUUACCUAAUUUCCUAUUGCAUGUUGCCGGACCAUUGACAGUAAGGUUGUGUUUGACUAAGCUCAAGGUCACGGCGUGGUUCAGUUGUGACAGUUAACCUUCUGACUGUCUGCUUGGGAGAACUGCUGCAAUCCCUGCAGAUAGAUAUUUGAUCCCAUCUUAUUGGGAAUAUUUGUAUUGAUUCUCAGCGCACUACUUUGCGUUAGAGAAACUUCUGACUGUAUAGCACAGGCUGUACCGUUUGAGAACCGUUUAUAUUCAGCACAUUGUUUGUGUUUUGAUAUAAUAUAAUACGAGUAUCUCAAAGACGCGUUGUGAGCUAUACAGAGGAACUUGGUCUGGUCUAAUCGAAUAAAUUUUGGGUUCGUCAGUCCGUUGUUCCAACCGAACUUUGGUGGUUCGGCCCUUACAGUUCUCAAACGGACAGUGAAUUCAAGAGACAAAUUCUGGAAUGCCUGAAAAGCGCAAUAAGGUCAACGAAAACUUGGCACUGGGCCACUGCGAAAUGCAAUCGGACGCACCUCCAGAGGUACGGCAAGUCAAAUUAGAUGCAUUUUCAUGUCAUGGCUCUAAUGUUAGUUUAGUAAGUAGACAUAGCAAAGUCAGCUCUAGGAUCACCUUAGCAGAGUUAAAAGAAAGACAAUUAUUAGAAAUGAGAGACUUGAAAGAUAGGCAAAGGAAACAACUACUAUGCUUUGAGAGAAAGUAUGGGUCGUUAAGGCUGAACGAAAGCACGUGUAGCAAGUUAUCUUCUGUUUCUAACUGUGAUGACAGAGAAAAGGAGCACGUUCACAGGUUCGUAAGUCCUUCUCAUGACCUUAGAAUAAAGUCUCAAGAAAUGUCAAAGCUGCUAGAUUAUCAAAGAACUAAGAAGAAGGAAGUGAACUUGGAAUCUCUAAGUGUAAGUCUUGAACUUCCAAAAGUAGAGCUAAGUACCUUUGAUGGACAACCAGCUGGUCGCAACAAACAGGGGGAAAGAAUUGUAAAUUAUAUUUCUCAAAUUGAUUUCCCUGUAAAGUAUAACUGUGAGUUUGCUGGCGACUGUCCCUCUGAUAAAUCAUUAUCUGUGAUUAAUUCAAACGUAAGUAGCACAGUAGAGCGCGAUGCCUACCUCGAUGAAAGUUACAAUAUUGUUCCUUUACCUAGAGGAAUGUCUGAAGAAGACAUUGCUGUCCCUGUUAUUGGCAAUGAGUCUGGUAUGUGUAAAGCUGGCCUCACCGGAAAUGAUGCUCCCAGAGCCGUAUUAGCCUCUAUUAAUGGAAGAACUAGACAUCAGAUAGUGAUUGUGGGAAUGGAUGAAAAGGACAGUCAUGUGGGGGACGAUGCUCGAUCGAAACGUGUCAUUCUGACACUGAAGUACCAAAUUGAACAUGGUGUUGCGACUAAGUGGGGUGAUAUGGAGAAGAUAUGGUACCACACGUUCUAUGAAGAGUUGCGAGUGGCAACAGAGAGACGUCGAGUGUUGUGGAGAGAAGUUUCAUUGAACCGGAAGGCAAACCGUGAGAUGACAAGGAUCAUGUUUGAAGCUUUCAAUUCACCAGGUAUAUGUGUUGCUAUUCGAACAGUGUUGUCACUGUGUACAUCUAGUCGUACAACUGGUGUAGUGUUGGACUUAUCUGACGGUGUGACCCACACAGUUCCAAUUUAUGAAGGUUAUGCGUUGCCUUAUUCUGUUUUCCGAUUAUACCUUGCUGGUAGAGUUCUUACCGACUUUAUGAUGAAGAUCCUGACUGAGGCAGGUUGCAGUCCUUCUGUCUAUUCGUGGAACAUACUCAGGCGCAAGCCACCGGACGUUUUGCUUUAUAGUAAGUUACUAGGCCUAGUGAUAAGGGGAACAUAUAGGGAAGCUGCGAAUGCUUUUAUUUUUGAAAGAUGCCGAAUAGUAGCGGACUAGCUUAGGUAUAUGGAUGUACAGGCGUACUGUUGUAAGUCCUGUGCUUCCCAUUGAUAUAGAGCAGUUAGUAAGGAGAGCCAUGACAGAAAUGUAUUCUAAGGUGUCUUUGCGUAGCUGGAGGGAUUUUGGGGGCCGGUGUAACGGAAAGAGAACAGUGAAAAUCCCUCUGCAGCUUCUUUGUUGAACAGUAUUUCCAUUUAUUUGUUCCUUCUCCCUUUUGUGUAUUCCAACCUUUCUUUCGAUCUCGUUUAACCAUGUCUUUCGUUCUUCAGUCUUCUCCGUUCGAGCCUUUACUAUAUGAUUUUGAUUAACGACUUAAUUUUGUUACCUAAUUUCCUAUUGCAUGUUGCCGGACCAUUGACAGUAAGGUUGUGUUUGACUAAGCUCAAGGUCACGGCGUGGUUCAGUUGUGACAGUUAACCUUCUGACUGUCUGCUUGGGAGAACUGCUGCAAUCCCUGCAGAUAGAUAUUUGAUCCCAUCUUAUUGGGAAUAUUUGUAUUGAUUCUCAGGUAUCAAACCCUUUAGUAUUAACCGUCUCUUUCAUUGUUUAGCGCACUACUUUGCGUUAGAGAAACUUCUGACUGUAUAGCACAGGCUGUACCGUUUGAGGUAUUUUGUAUUUUUGAUGUAAUUUGUUCUGUUUUCUUAAUUAGAACCGUUUAUAUUCAGCACAUUGUUUGUGUUUUGAUAUAAUAUAAUACGAGUAUCUCAAAGACGCGUUGUGAGCUAUACAGAGGAACUUGGUCUGGUCUAAUCGAAUAAAUUUUGGGUUCGUCAGUCCGUUGUUCCAACCGAACUUUGGUGGUUCGGCCCUUA